AUAUAUUUUCAGGCUGGUGAAUUAUCUUGUUUCAAUACAGUGUGUCCAGGGUUCAUUUUGGUUGACCCUCAACCUAUGAUCGAAAUGACUCUAAGAGAAACUCACCCUGGUAAUUUACCUACAUGGGAACUUCCAAUCAAUAUUUAUCGGGAUCCAACUACUGGAAAUUGGUGGUUUCAACUUGGAGAGAAUUAUGAUAAUAUUGGAUAUUGGCCAUCAAGCAUAUUUAGUGGUGGCUUGAAAGACUUGGCUACAUAUAUUGAUUGGGGAGGAGAAACUUACAGUCCACUUGGUCAAAUUGGUCCUCCAAUGGGAUCUGGUUUACUUUUAAAACAAAAUACUCGUUAUGAUGCAUAUUGUAGAGCAUUAACAAUUAUAAAUGAGGCGCACAUACGAGAAGAUGCUAAAAACACAAAAAUUUCUUCCAUUGAUAUUGACUUUUAUUUAGUUAAAGAUUUGGGAUUUCAUCGUCACUUUGGACAUCUCAUGGUAUAUGGUGGUCCUGGUCCUAGAUGAUUUAUUUACAUUGUAUUGCCACCAAAACUACC